AUGAAGACUACUCGAAUGGUUGAUUACGCCACAGGCCAUGAUGGCCUCAACACUCCUCGCGAUGUCCUUUUUGUCCAGCUCAUCUACUCGUCCAUGGUGGCUUUCGCCGGGAUCGUCCUGCUUGCACGGGUUGCUCAAAUCGGGCAUGCCUAUCUUCGCUACAUUGUCUGUUCCGGUGCAACUGAAAAGCAACAAGCAGUCUGGAGCAUCACCGAAUCACCACUCUGGUUCCGAAUCAAAAGCCGUCUGCUCUACGCGCCAUUGUUCAGCAAGCGCCAUAACCGAGAGAUCCAACUCUCGUCGGCCAUGAAUAUGGGCACUCUCCCUUCGCGAUUUCACACAUUUCUUAUUUUUGGGUAUAUUGUCAGUCAAAUCGUCUACUGCUGUGACCUCAACUAUCAGAACGAUACGCCCGCCAUCAUUGCAGAGCUUCGGGGACGUUCCGGCACAUUGGCCACAUUAAACAUAGUCCCUCUUGUGCUCUUUGCAACCCGAAACAACCCCUUGAUCCCACUUCUACGAAUCAGUUUCGAUUCAUACAACCUCUUCCACCGAUGGCUGGGCCGUAUCGCCGCCAUCGAGAGCAUAAUUCACAUGGCUGCUUGGGCCGUCAACACCGUCCGACAGGCAAACACUGCAGCACUUGCUCAGCAUCUUGCUGAAACGCCCUCCUACGCCUGGGGAAUGGUUGCAACUGCAAUCAUGGGCUUUUUCAUUCUUCAUUCUCUCUCGCCUGUACGACACGCAUUCUACGAGACCUUUCUCUGCAUUCACCAAGCGGGCGCCUUCUUGAUCAUCUUAGGCAUAUACCUGCACCUCGACAUGCACAGCCUGCCACAAAAGCCAUGGAUUCAAUGGGUCAUUUUCAUCUGGGGUGCAGAACGGUCCACCCGACUCAUCUGGCUUGUCUUCCUGAAUGUGUCUCGACGACACGGCAUGACAAAGCUGCGAGUAGAAGCUCUUCCUGGUGAAGCCUGCCGUCUCACAUUCUUCCUCCCCAAACACUACCCCGUCCCCGCGGGCAGCCACUUCUUCGCGUACAUCCCCCAGAUCUCCUGGUGGAUGUCGCACCCUUUCUCCGCCGCCUGGGCAGAAACCUCCGGCACCUCCCGCCCAAAAAGCAUCCAAUCAUUUACCACCGACAUCAAAUCCCUCACUCUCGAAGGCCAAUCCGCCCCAUUCAACCACACAGCAGUGACGCUGGUCGUCGCCGCCCGCCAGGGAAUGACCCGCGCACUGUACACUCGCGCAAUGUCCUCCCCAGACGAAACAUUCACAACAACCGGCUUGCUCGAGGGCCCGUACUCCUCGCACGCAGUGAACAUGGCCAGCUACGGUACCGCCAUCCUCUUCUCCGGCGGCGUCGGCAUAACGCACCACCUCCUCUUCAUCCGGGAUCUACUUCUCCGCGCCGCAGCCGGCCGAGCAGCCACGCGCUCCAUCACGCUGGUCUGGGCGGUCCGCAGCAUGGACAGCGUCCGCUGGGUGAUGGAGUACAUCCAGGAGAUUCUCCAGAUGCCGCACGCCGAGUCGAUCCUGACGAUCAUGCUGUUUGUGUCGAAGCCGAGGAGUCCCGCCGAGAUGCGCUCGCCGGGGGGUGUGAUUCGGACUUUUGCGGGGAGGUGUAAUCCGGCGACUGUGCUGGAGGAGAUUAUGCCCAGGAGGAUUGGGGCGACGGUGGUGUCGAUUUGUGGGCCGGGCGCGAUGGGGGAUGAUGUGAGGGAGGCGGCUAGGCGGCAUGUGGAUCGGGGGGUUGCGCUUGAUUUUGUGGAGGAAGCGUUUACUUGGUAG